AAAACCCCAAAACAACAGUCUGUGACAUAGCAACAGGUGUCACUAUCCAAUGUUUGUGGCUCUUCUCUGUAUUUCUUUGUGAAUACACUGGAAAUCACACAGAAAUACAGAGAAGAGCCACAAGCGGUUUAGAACCAAGAUUAAACUCUUCCGAAGCACAGGAUCUGCUUGUGAUUCAAAACAUACAAACUUAUCGUGGCAGUAGUGUCAUGGCUUGGGUUUGCAUGGCUUCUUCCAGGAAAGAAUCUUCCUUGAUGAUGUAACUCGUGAAGGUAGCAGUAUAAUGUCUACAGUAACAUUCUAAGAGAGCCUGACGUGCAGGAUUGGUCUGAGAACACAGCAGGAGAUGUGGCAAUCCUUCAUUUCAUUGCACAAUACUGUGGCUAUACUGCAUCACAAAGAUCUACAACAUAAUUCUAAUUGAAAUUUAGUGUACCCAUCAUUCUGAUUAAUGGUUAGUUUCAUAAUUACUGUAACGCUUCAUCAAAUUUCUUUAAAGAAAAUCUGUGAUAGAUGAACGGUGGUAUAAAUUUAGCUUCCUUUAUUACUAUGGACAUGUUUAGUUGAGAAUAAGCACAUGCUUUAUUGACUGGUCUGCAUAUACAGCAGUGGAUUAUUAAAUGUGGAUUAGCAAUACUGCAUCACAAAGAUCUAUACUUUGUGGAAAAAUAACGCUGAUUGAUGGGUAUUUUCACAUUCAUUCUACAUCACAUUCUUAAAGCGAACCUGUGGGAACUUGUUUCAUUUGUGGGUUUUUUUGGAAAAUGAAACAUCUAUUCCAGUCAAUAUGGGGGAAUUUGCUCGUUUUACCACUGAUACUUCAGUAAUGACUACUCUGAGCUUACAGUAUGCACUUUUAAACUGCACUUACUAGUUCAACCACUCCCUGUUUUGUUCUGAUGUCAGCUAGAAGAGACACCGAUUUUAAUAUUGGCAUGCAGAAAUUAAACAUUUGAUAAUGCAAGCAUGGAACAUGAAUUGAGAGUGCUACUACUGUCAUUGUCUUGCUACACCGUGGCGCUGGUGAACGUGAACAUAUGUGCUUUGGUCUUGAAGAACGCUCCAAGAAAUGGUCUGACUGGAUAUGUUCAGUUGUGAGUGUUCUGUAAGUCUACGCAGUCUACGCAGAGGUUAGCGUAAGCAUAGAUGCUUAUACAUAGACUGCUGAUUAAACCACUGAGGUGCAUGCACGUGUAGGGGGUAUAGGUUUGAGGGAGGAGACAGAUGGAGGUGUGUUGGUAGUUCGAGAGAGAAUGUGGCAGUUUAAAAGAUAGGGUUGGGACAAAGUCUACAAACACUGGGCAUAUUACUGCUUCAUUAAGCUUAGAAAGCUUCUUGUUAUAGAGUUUGUGUUUAAUUCUUGAUAUACCACUUCCAAAAAUCAACUUCCAGUACAAUUCUGAUACUUGGCUUCUUAGAAAAAGGAGUAGUUUUUUUUUUAAUUGAAUGCAGCAAUGAAAAAAAAGAGAAAGAAGUGGCUGGGCUGUGUUAAUGGUGUACUAUAAAAGUGUAAUGAGGAAGUAUCAAACAAGAAGGAAUGAGUGUGGACUGGGGCUGAAGGACCUCUGAAUUUCACUGGACAGUGAGUGAUUCUUCUGUUUGACUAAAUUGCUUUUUUCUGCCUUAGGUAUUUGGUCAAGAAAGUGAAACAAGAUCAGCACAGAACGUGAGAAGCCAUGGACGCUGAAAAAGUGACUGAGGUGGAGAUGAAAGAGCUCACUCCAGAAGUUCAAGAUGAUAAGGAUGUAGAGAAAGGGAAAGUGGAAGAAACAAAAGAAGCUGAGAAAGGAGCAGAAAACAAAGAAGAAGAAAAAAAAGAAUCCACUGUGUGCAAACCGAAGAGUUCAUCUGAAAAUAUUUCAGUGCCUUCAUCUUCUAAAAGCAAUGAAGAAGCUGAGAAAAAGGCAGAUGAAGACGGAGAAAAAAAGGAAAAUGAAGUAAAAGAUCUAUACUGCAAACUGAAGAAUCCAUCGGAAGAUGUUUAUAAUAUUACAGUGCAAUCAUCUUCUAAAAGCAAUGAAGAAGCUGAGAAAAAGGCAGAUGAAGACGGAGAAAAAAAGGAAAAUGAAGUAAAAGAAGAUCUAUACUGCAAACUGAAGAAUCCAUCGGAAGAUGUUUAUAAUAUUACAGUGCAAUCAUCUUCUAAAAGCAAUGAAGAAGCUAAGAAAAAGGCAGAAAAAGAAGGAGAAAAAAAAGAAGAAGGUAAUGUGUACUGCAAACUGAAGAGUCCAUCAGAAGAUAUCUAUAAUCUUUCAAAGCCUUCUUCAUCUUCCAAACGCGAUCGAGCUGGUAAAGUGGGAAAAGAAGAAGAAAAUGAAGACGUAGAAGAUGUGUACAGCAAGCUGAAUGAUCCAUCAGAAAAUGUUUAUAUGACUGCAAUGUCCAGUUCCACUGCAAAACACAAUAAAGAAAUUUACAGGAGUGUUCGUCUGUACAAGAUGAUUUCCGCUGUUUUCAUCGUUCUCUCUUUGCUCUUGCUGGCUGUGGUUCUUGCUCUGGCUAUGAAGUUAAAUGUGAAGAGUCCAGAGAGCGCUGAAUCAAGGUUUAUCUGUGAACAAUGUCAGACCAAGUGCCCCCCACCAAAGAUCAUCCCAGCAGGGUGUCAGUGCUGUGAGUGUGAGGAAGAUUGGGAGAAGUUUGAGAACUCCUGCUACUUCUUUUCUGAGACACGUCUAAACUGGCAGGAGAGCAGGGAGGAGUGUCAGAAACAGGGCGGAGACCUGGUUGUUAUUAACAAUAACGAAGUGCAGGAGUUUCUAAAUGAGUAUGGGAACGUGAGGUACUGGAUUGGGUUACAUUAUUCAGAAGAGCAGCGAUGGAUGUGGAUUAACAAUACUGCAUCAACCCAGAGCUACUGGUCCCAUGGCCCACCAAAUCCAGGCUCUCAAAGCUCCUGUGCACUGCUAAAUGGAGGGGGAUCAGACCUGAACAACUGGAGUUCAGACAAAUGUACUGUGUAUUCACAGUACAUCUGCCAGAGAUGUUAAAAAUGGAGAAUGUAAACCAUAACCAUCACAUAUAUCUGCUACAUUUGCCUUUGAUAUCAUCACUUUACUGUUAUACUUACCCUUUACAAAUGCAGUUCAUAAAUAAUAACAAAUCAGUACAUGCAAUAAUCCUGUUCUGUGAUGCACAGUCAAGUAGACAUGCUAUGUAUUUCUUAUUAUGAGAGAAAAUGCUAAGUGUGUUCAUUGAAUGUAACUCUGUGUUUAUAUUACUUGUAAAUUGUAAUGCUAUUAAUUGCACUGAUACAAAAUCAUUUUGCACUGAUUUCUAAAAAACAUUUUAUUGAGUUUGCAGAAUGUAAUAUAAAAUUAUAUAUAUAUACCUAUGUAGCUGCCUUUAAAACAAGUUCUGAGGUGUCUUUACAGCGAAUUAAUAUAAAUAAAAUGUUUUUUUCACCAUAAAGUAAUAUUCACUCAGAAAAAUAAUGAAAUUAUGAAGUUGUACAGAAUCACUAUACUUUCAUUUCUCAAACAGGUUUCUUCUCUUGAGCAUCCAAAUGCUCAUUGUACUCUAUCCUAAAGGCUGCCAUACAAUCUGUCUGCAAUUUUUGCUAUGCCUUUGCCACCAGGUAGUGGAUAGGGUCAAAUAUCUGCAACAUUUUUUUUUAAAUAUCCCGUCUGAAUUUUAUUUUAUGUAUUUGAAGCAUGUAUAUUAUUAUUAAGUGCGACAUAGAUGUUGGUGGUAAAGCAAUCCCAGGUUGACGGUGUUGGUGUUGAGUCAUAAUUUUUUUCAAAAAUGUCAUGGAUGCCCAAUUGCUAGAUUAAUUUACAGUGCUUCUGUUUAUUACAAUUUAUUUCUUUGUGUGUAAAAUUUUUGGGUCUAAGGAGGCAGUCACAUUUAACCAUAUGAACAUAUGCUCCUAUACAACAAAAGCAACUUAACUGUCCAUUAAAUGAUCCUUUAAAAAAACCAUUUAACAGUCAAUAAAGUCCUAAAACAAGUCUA